GGUUUCUUCUCUUAUUUUAAUAGCAAGUAGCCGUGAAAAAACCAAAGCGGGAGAGAAAAAUGGAGGCGGCGAUGGGAUUGAUGAGAAGAAUCCCUCCGAAGCACACCGAAACAGCUCUCUCGGCGCUCCUCAGCCUUUUGCCCCACCACUCCUCCGAACUUCUCUCUCAAGUCGAUCAGCCCCUCCAGGUUUUAUGUGACGUUGAUUGUGGGAAGGAGUUUAUUUUGUGUGAAUACAACAGAGAUGCCGACUCUUAUAGAUCGCCUUGGUCAAAUAAAUACCAUCCACCAUUGAAGGACGGAGCAUUCCCAUCGAUAGUGUUGAGGAAACUUGAAGUUGAGGCGAACGACAUCUUUGCAAUUUAUCGUGACCAGUACUAUGAAGGUGGCUUUUCAUCAGUUUAUAUGUGGGAAGAUGACAAUGAAGGCUUUGUCGCAUGCUUCCUGAUAAAGAAAGAUGGCUCAAAGACAGGGCAGGGCCGAAGGGGUUACCUGCAGGAGGGAGCAUGGGAUGCUAUACAUGUCGUUGAGGUGGGGCCAGAGGAGGAAGGAGUUGCUCAUUACUGCUUAACCAGUACUGUGAUGCUAUCUUUGACUACGGAUAAUGGGUUGUCAGGCACAUUUAGCUUGUCUGGAUCAAUUAGGCGACAGAUGGAUAUGAACCUCUCAGUUGCAGAAGGCCAUAUUUGUAAUAUGGGAAGGAUGAUAGAGGAGAUGGAGAGUAAGCUGAGGAAUUCACUGGAUCAGGUAUAUUUUGGCAAGACAAGAGAAAUGGUAUGUACCCUACGACCACCAGCUGAAGUUGUGAUGAGACUGCCGGAUUGCUGAUGUUGGAUUCUAUGGCACAAGUCGGUGGAUUCUCAAAUUCAUUGCAUUUCCCAAACUUACUUGGCAGUGUGUUUUUCCCAGCAGAUAUUAUGUAGUUAUAUGUUCUUAUUUUGAGUCCUUAUCUUGGACAUAAAAAAGUGUAGUAUUCUUAAACCUCUUGUAGACUUAAGAAGUUUGGUGCUUUGUGGAUGAGAUAUAGAUGCUCAUUGAAUUGGAAA